UCCCAUAGGAGCAUAAUCCAUCCAUGCAUCCAUGUCCUCCGACUAUAGUGUGUUCUGGUCCCGGAGCCAGAGGAAAAGUGGAGGGGAGCGGAAUUAACGGGCAGCUUGAUUUUCUCGAGGGCAGUAACUUUAAGGGACUUAAAAAACUUGCCUGGAAAUCGGAAUGUUUUUCUCCUAAUGUUGACUUGCCGUUUUCCUGUUUUACAUAUGAACCCCGUUUAGUAAGUUUGAAACACUUUAUGGGUGCAAUGGCUGAGCCGCUGAGUUUCAUGCAUCAUGAUCAUGGCUCCAGCAGCGAGCGGAGCGACGACUCACCGUCUGCCGUGUCUGAAGAUGACUCUAGCGGCCACUGCGGCCACAUCUCCCCGCCUGACCCAGACUGGACCGAGGAGAGGUUUCGAGUUGACCGCAAGAAACUAGAAACUAUGUUACUGGCAGCCAGUGAGGGGAGGAUAAAUGGAGGAGAGGAUUUUUUUCAGAAGGUCAUGGAUGAAACAAACACUCAGAUUGCCUGGCCGUCCAAACUGAAGAUUGGAGCAAAGUCCAAAAAAGAUCCACAUAUUAAGGUCAGCGGAAAGAGGGAAGAUGUGCGAGAGGCCAAAGAGACAAUAAUGUCCGUUCUUGACACAAAGAGUAAUCGUGUGACCCUGAAGAUGGACGUAUCACACACAGAACACUCGCAUGUUAUUGGGAAAGGAGGGAAUAACAUCAAACGAGUUAUGGAAGAGACGGGCUGUCACAUACACUUUCCAGACUCCAACAGGCACAGCCAGGGGGAGAAGAGCAACCAGGUGUCGAUUGCGGGGCAGCUGACUGGUGUUGAGGCAGCGCGAGUUAAAAUACGGGAGCUGUUGCCGUUGAUGCUGAUGUUUGAAUGCAGUGGGGUGGUGCAGCAUGUGGACUGUAGCUCUCCUGUAGUUCAGCAUAUCUCCCACACUUACAAUGUCUCCAUCUCCUUCAAAGCACCCUCCCGUCUCUAUGGCAACACUGCCAUCGUCCGUGGCAACCAGAACAAUGCCAGUGGUGUUAAGCGCGGUACGGCUUUGUUAUUGGAGCACCUCGCUGGGUCUUUGGCCGGCUCAGUGCUGGUCAGCACACAACUGGACAUCGCGCCCCAGCACCACCACUUCCUUUUGGGCCGCAACGGAGCCAAUGUCAAGCACAUUUCCCAGCGCACUGGAGCCAAUAUUCACUUCCCCGAGCUCAACACUCACACUAGCCGCUCUGCUGUCUACAUACAGGGCAGCAUUGAUGGCGUAUGUGCGGCUAGACAGCAGCUAAUGGGUUGUCUGCCGUUGGUGCUGCUGUUUGAUAUUAAGGAGGAGAUGGAGGUGGCAUCUCAGGUCGUCACUACACUUAUGGAGCAGCUAGAUGUCUUCAUCAGUAUUAAACCGAAACCGAAACAACCCAGCAAGUCUGUGAUAGUGAAGAGCGUGGAAAGGAAUGCUGGGAGUAUGUAUGAGGUGCGCAAGAUCCUGUUGGGGCUGGAGUCCAGCAGUGUGCCCUCUUCUUUCAACCAUGUCACUGUUAAUGGACAUGCUCCAGCCUCCCCUCCCCUGAUUGGCUCCAUUGGACUGGACACGCUAGCUUCAGCUGAACUGAGGCUAAGAACUCUGGCUGGUAUUCUAAGGUCUGUCAGUCCCAUUUCUAAUGGUUCCCCAAACCCAAACUGUGUUCUUAAUGGACACGGCUCUGUGUUGAGCAUUCAGAAAGGAGCAGUGAACAACACGCAACACAUUCAUACAUCUGCUCACACCCACUCACACACAUCUGCUCACACACAUUCACAUGCUCCGGGUCACACUGCUUCACUAUGGGCCAGUGCACUUAGUUCAACUAACACAUCAGGGUUUUCCACAGACCUGAUGUUGCAGUCAGUGUCUCAGACGACUCUCAGUGGUCUUCUGCUCUCUGGGGUCCAGAGUCAAGCACACGCUCACACACCGUCCCCUCCACCUGGACUCGCACCAAUACACAAACCACCCAGUGCAGAACAUCUCAACGGACAUCUCGCAAAUUCUGUGUAUAGCCGAAUCUCCUCUGUAUCACUGAACCCUGGCCACUGUGACACGGCCCAGGAAGUCAUUGGACACACCCAAUCAGAAUCCAUUUCCAAUAAAUCUACAGAUGAAGGCUCAGAUACGUUUGUUGAAGUGGGCAUGCCCAGAAGUCCGUCUCACUCAGCCAAUGGGAGUGAGCUGAAGCAGAUGCUGGCCUCGGUGUCGUCAGGGAAACGGCAUACGAUGGAACUUCUGCAGAGAACCAAAAACUCACUUCUCCAUGUUGAGUGUGUGUUGGCCGAUUCUGAUUGUGAGAAUCAAGUGGCUGAUAAAAGGGCACCAGGAAGUGAGAGAGCUGCAGAAAGACGACUUGGACCACAUAUGCAGGUUUAUACACACACACACACACUAUACUCAUAUACAAGUGUACAAAAACUAAAAAUAUUUACACGGUCCUUGUGUUUAAAUGUUUUUCAGGCUUAUGACUAUGAGAAAAAGAAGCUACUGGCCACUAAAGCCAUGCUGAAGAAGCCUGUUGUGACAGAGAUUCGAACACCCACAGAUACCUGGAGUGGAUUGGGCUUCUCUAAAUCAAUGCCAGCUGAGGGCAUGAAAGAGCUGCGCAGGGCACACCAUGUGCCAUAUAAACCCAGCAUGAGCACAACGUAUGAGGACCCUCAUCUCUCUGUGUCACUGUCUGGGAGCCAGGAGGGUUUGGGGAAUGACACCAAAUCCGAUAAUUGGGGGGAUUUGAAUGGGAAUGUUAACGUCAAUGGGAACGGACUGUCAGGAAAUUCUGAAUUUUCCCCUGCUAUCAGCAGCCCAAAGAGAAUCAAGAACAAAUCUUGUGAGCAGUAUCUCAGCAGCAGUAAUUAUAUGGACAGUAUCUCUAUGCCUGGCAGUAAUGGCUGCUCUCUCAGCUCCUCUCUCAAAGGAACAGAUCUCCCAGAGCUCUUCAGCAAACUCGGUCUCGGAAAAUAUACAGACAUCUUCCAACAGCAGGAGAUUGAUCUGCAAACAUUUGUUACAUUAACGGAUCCAGACCUGAAGGAACUGGGAAUCACAACAUUUGGUGCUCGCAGGAAAAUGAUACUGGCGAUCUCAGAUCUGAAUAAGAGCAGGAGGAAGCUUUUUGACAUGCCCAACAUUCGCUCCUCCUUCUUAGAAGGCGGGGCCAGCGGUCGCCUGUCGCGCCAAUUCCACUCAGACAUGGCAAGUGUCAGUGGUCGCUGGUGAUCUCUUACCUGCAGGAUUCUGGACCACAAACCACUUCAUACUGGACUCUGGUUGAUAUAGAAAGCCAAAAAGUAAUGCAGAUUCUUGCAGAUCUAAAAAAAAAAAAAAAUGUGUUGGGAUGCCAUUAAGGUUGAUUUUUGUCUGUGCCUAAAAAUAUAUGAAGGGAAUUUAUUCAAUAUUGUUAAGAAUGUUCCACUAAUAUGGUCUUGCAUUUACUCUGGGAGAACAGGCAGAGCACAGAGUUUAAAACUAACCAUACUGUCAGCAAGAGCGCUUCGGUAUUGGUGUCUAGCACUUUAAUCUGUAAACUCUGCUGUUUUUGCCGGUAGGUUGUAUGCAACGUCUUGUCUUUUGUAACGUCGGACUGUCCAGUGUCAAAGCCAAACACGUGCACUUAUUUAGCAGGUAAUUCCAGAUCACACACAAAGAUCAUCACAACCAGCUGAUGCUUAUGUUGUUUACCAGACUGUUAUAUUCAUGUUCAGUGUUUAAUUAUACAUUGGUCAUUGUGGUAUUGUUGUAUUUUAAUACAUUUUAUUUGAUAGUUUCUUUAUGUUUUCAUAUUUUAUGUUAAUCUUUUUAAAAGGCAUUUUCAGUUUACUUUUUUUAUUUUGACUGUUUAUUGUUUAGUCUGUAGUCUGAUUAAUCAGAACGCCUCAUAGUCAUCUCAAACAGAUGUCAGUCAUUAUUUUGGUGUAAAUGAAGUCUCUGGUUUUCCGUAGAAUAACAGAAUGCCA